UUUUAAUUAGCUUAUUUAAAGAUAACUAUUUAGAAUUUAAUAUUUAGGUUAAUAGAUUCAGUAAAAAGAAUAUUGUUUGAUGUAAAAAUUCUUAAAAUCAGCUCAAAUAGAUGAAAUUAAAAUUAUAGAGUAAGUUCAAGAUAGCUUCUAUCAGUGUCGUCUUAAGGAAUUAAUUUAGCUGAUAGACUAAGUAGAUGUUAAUAGAAGUUUAGUCUGCCAUGAAAUACUUUAAUUGUUUAAAGGAAUGAGUUUGUUUAAAUCUUAAUAGAUUAAGAUGGGGUUUUAAUGUUUCGAAGAUAUAAUCUAAGAAAUUCAUCAUCGUAAGAAGAUUUUUGAAGAAAUAGAUCUAACAAUAUGGUGUAUUUAUUAGCUUUAAGCAUAAUAUUACUUGAUUUAAAAAGCUGAAGCUUAAAAUGAGAGAUUUUAUUAAUUUAUGCAAGAUUUUUUAGAACAACAUUAGCAAUUGGAUUCUUAUUAAAUGGGAGUUUUCCAAUUUGCAAAAGGAAUGUAUGUUUACAUUGAUACAUUUAGAGAAGGAUUAGAUAAACAAUGCUUAAGUUUAUUAGAGCAAUCAUAUGAAUUAGUUGAGGAUUUUAAAAUUGAGAUACUUAUUUGUUUGGGAUGGAUUUACUACAAAGAUAAGCAAUUUGAUAAGGCUUGUUAUUACUAUUAAAUACUUUAUAACUAAAACCCUAAAAUACCAAGUGUAGCUAAUAAUUAUGCAAUAGCUUUAGAAUGCUGCAAGGAGUUUGAAAAAGCUGAAUAACUCUAUCUAGAAGAAGAAAAAAUGAGAGGAUAUAAUUAAGGUAUAAUAAGCAAUAUUGCUCUUUUUUAUUCUCACAGAGGAAACAAAGAGAAAGAAUUUGAGUAUUAUUAAAAGCUAAUCUAAUUAACUCCCUUAACAGGUAAAAUUUGCCAUUAUUAUGGCGAUUACUUAAUUAAACGAGGCGAUUAAGAAGAAGGCAUAAAAUAUAUGAAAAGGGGAAUAGAAAUAGAUCCAGAUUAUUAUGGUAACUAUGAUUAGCUAUCAGAAAUUUAAUUCAAUAAUUAAAAUUGGAAUGAAUCUCUUUAGUAUACGCUAAAAUGCACUUAGAUAUUUCCUUAAGAUGGAUAUUAUUAGACACUACUAGGAGAUAGAUAUGAUGCUUUAGAUGAUUUUUUAAAUGCAAAAAAGUGUUAUAAAAAAGGAAUUAAGCUAAAAAACUAUUAAAUAUAUAAAUUACAUUCGAGUUCUAAAUUAGGCAUUUGUUAUUAUUCAUUGAAUAAAUAAAUUAAAUCAAUUGAACAGUUUUUUAUGGCAUGUAACUUUAAAAGCAUUGAAGGAUAUUCGAUAGAAGAUGUCAUUUAUAUAUCAUGUUAAAUUAUGGAACUCAUGCCUUUACAAUAAAUAAUCGAAAUCAUAGAAAAAUAACAAGGUCUACACUUAAUUUCUAGGUUUUCUUAAUUUGCUGAGCUAAGCAUGAUUUUAAGUAUAAAGUAGCACUUUCUGUAAAAGCUAGAAAUUCACAGACAAGUGCUGUCCUUGAUUAUUUAUAAAAAAUUCAUUGUAAAUCAUUUAAUGUUUCAAUCAGAAAUAAUUCAUUGGGAUUUAUUCAUAGACUGAGUGACUGAUUGAAUAAUAAUCAUUGAAUUGCAAAUAAAAUAUAUAUAUAAAUUAAGCUAACGAAUAAAAACCUUAUUUAAAUUAUUUUAUAUUUGUACAUAGAUAACCUUUAACAAAUGAUAAAUACUUACUUACUCU